AUAAAAACCUUCAAAGUUCGCAGCUCGCUCUCCCUACAGCUUUCCUGACUGAUCAAGAUCAAAUUUCAAGGUCCCAAUGGCUGAUUCAACUCAUCCGCUUCUCUCCCUAGCCGACUCGGGUGAGUCAGAAGACACCCCACCAUUAGUGAAACACCUACCAUCCCUUGAUUCGACCAUCGAGAGUGUCAUCGGGAAUUUCGGGUGGCCCCAAUUCUUUCAAACGGUGCUUGUAUCCAUUGCAUGGGUCUUCGAUGCACAGCAAACAUUCAUCAGCGUCUUCACCGAUGCACACCCAACAUGGCACUGUACUCAGCUCGGGGACGAGUCAUGCAACUCCGUUUCCAAUAUCUGCAAUCUGCCCACGAAUUCAUGGGCCUGGGAUUUGCCCGCCGAGACUUCAAUCCUCUCAGAAUGGAACUUGGAGUGUGCCGCUUCCUUUGUACCUGGCCUGCCCGCAUCUUCCUUCUUCACGGGUUGCCUAGUGGGUGGACUCGUUCUUGCCACACUCGCUGACUCGUCACUCGGUCGCAAAAACAUGCUCCUCCUCUCAUGUCUAAUGAUGUCUCUAUCUUCGCUGUUAACAGUGAUCUUCUCCACAAAUAUAUGGAUUUACUCCGCUUUAAGAUUCCUUUGCGGGUUUUUCCGUUCUGCAAUCGGUACUUGUGCGCUUGUGCUUUCAACUGAGCUUGUGGGGAAAAGGUGGCGUGGCCAGGUGGGGGUCGUGGGAUUCUUUUGUUUCGCAUUAGGGUUUUUAUCCCUUCCAGCCAUGGCUUACAUGAACAGAGGUUCUUCAUGGAGAUCUCUCUAUCUCUGGAGUUCCAUCCCUGGGAUAUUUUACUCUAUCUUAGUUCACUUCUUUGUUCGUGAGUCUCCCCGAUGGCUUUUUGUGAGUGGACGUGAAGAAGAAGCCAUGGCCACAUUGAAAAGUAUUGCUUCAACUCACCAUGACAGCUCAAACUGGAACUUUUCCGGAAUGUGUUUUGAGCAAGAAACUUGCAAUUCCAAUCUUUACUCCACUGUUAAGAUCUUGGUGGAGAAAAAAUGGGCUUUACGAAGGUUGUCGGCGGUUAUGGUGAUAGCUUUUGGCGGCGGACUUGUUUACUAUGGCAUGCCACUGGGUCUGGGAAACUUGGCCUUCAAUCUCUAUCUGGGUGUCACUUUCAAUGCCUUGUCCGAGCUGCCCUCUGCGUUGUUCACUUUCUUUUUCAUAGGAAAAUUGAAAAGGAAAAAUUCAAUUAUAGUUUUCACGACCCUUAGUGGUGUUUGCAGCAUCAUGUGUGUUUUGAAGGGAAAGAUCAUGUGGACAAGAUUGCAAAUUGGACUUGAGUUAGUGUCCUUCUUCAGCGCCUGUACAGUGGUUAAUAUACUGUUCUUAUACACAAUAGAGCUGUUUCCGACAUGUGUUCGGAACUCUGCUUUGUCGAUGACAAGAGAAGCAGUCGUGCUUGGUGGCGUGUUCUGUCCGAUGCUUGUCUCCGCCGGCAGGAAAGAUAGUUUAGCAUCUUUUGGGGUGUUUGGGUUGGUAAUAGGAUGUUGUGGGAUGUUUGCAGCAUUUUUGCCAGAGACAAGGGGCGGGACACUGUGUGAUACAAUGGAGGAAGAAGAACACAAAUUAGAGAAAGCAAGCUGUAAUGGGGUUGGGGAAUUCUAGUUAUAGCUAGCUAGGCUAAAAUGUUUUGAUGUCUUUGAAUGAGAGAUUUGUUGUGUUAUUCCCUUUUUUUUAUGAGUUGUUUUUGGGUCUCUUUUUUUUUUUUUUUUUUUUCUAUGUAUAUAAUCUAUUAUAU